GGUCAGUCGGUGGAUCGAUCGACGUCCCGUCGAACCUCGCGGUCGUGAGCGCCGCUGCGCCUCUGGGGCGGGGCGAGAGGGCGCCUCAGUCGUGUACCGGAGCCCAUCAGGGACGCGUCCAGCUCCUCGAACGCUUCGAGUUGCUCGUUCGCUCGGAUCUCUCUCUUUUCUCUCGAUCAACCUUUAUAAAAAAAUCGGAACCUCGGUUCUAAGUAACCGAGACGCGUAGCUCGAGUUAUCGUUCAGGGAGAGAGAGAGAGAGCAAACGUGACCGUUCAGUGUUCUUUGAAAUACGAGAAAUUACAAUUAUCGUCGUCCUUCCUUUUCGUAUCCUGUUCGAACGUUGUCCGGGAUAAGUCAUUCGGUUAGUUUCGUAUCAAGCAGUGAGAAUCGGUUCGACACGACACGGUUCGUUCGGGAUUUUUCGGAGCCGGUUCGCUUUACACUCGAUCCCUACCGGUCAUAUUGAUUCGAGAGGUGAUACGGGCGUACGUACAUAGGGAUACACGCACGUCCACAGUGAGACAAGUGAGAUAUACGUGGAGUAGGUGCGUAAAAAGGGUUUUGAAAGUAUCCACGGGGUAGAGGCGUCUAUGUGCGCGCCCGGAGACACGGACAGCUACCCUGGCACCUAGCGGACGACGUGGGGUGGCUUCACCAAGCUAGUGCUCGCGAGUGGUUAUUUUCCACGUCCCAGGGUGGCGGUCUCCGUCGCUAGUAAGGAGAAACGGCAAUCGUCGGGAAGGAGCUAGUGAAGAAGCAACCACCGGAAGCAAGGAGUCGCUCGAGGGUGUUGACGAGUAACGAACAAGGAGACGAAGACGAAGACGACGCCGUCGAAGAGGAAGAGCAGUCCGAGGGUGGCGGUGAAGAAGCAAAGGAGGUGGUGGAGGAGGAGGAGGGUGGUGGUGACUAGGAGGACGACGGUGGUGGUGGAGGAAAUCUCGAGACGACUCUUGCGACGCGAGUCGCGAGCGGUGGUCAGGAAGAGGGUAGAGUAACGGUUUCGGUUCCGAGGUAGGGGAGAAUUAGAGGUUGGUGGUGGCGUUUGUGAAGGCAACCUGUAGCAAGAUGGGCUGUGCCAUGUCCGCGGAAGAGCGGGCCGCCUUGGCCCGCAGCAAGCAGAUCGAGAAAAACCUGAAGGAGGAUGGUAUCCAGGCUGCCAAGGACAUCAAGCUGUUGCUGCUUGGUGCUGGUGAGUCUGGGAAAAGUACCAUCGUUAAACAAAUGAAAAUUAUCCAUGAAAGUGGAUUUACACCUGAAGACUUCAAGCAGUACAGGCCCGUAGUGUAUAGCAACACGAUACAAUCUCUAGUCGCUAUUCUAAGAGCGAUGCCAACUUUGGGCAUCAGCUUUUCGACCAAUGAACGAGAGACGGACGCGAAAAUGGUGUUCGAUGUGAUCCAGAGAAUGGAAGACACCGAACCAUUUAGCGAGGAACUUUUAGCUGCAAUGAAGAGGCUCUGGGCUGAUAACGGGGUCCAGGAAUGCUUUGGAAGGAGCAACGAGUACCAACUCAACGACUCUGCAAAAUAUUUCUUGGAUGACCUGGACCGAUUAGGAGCAAGGGAUUAUCAGCCCACAGAGCAGGAUAUUUUAAGGACUCGUGUUAAAACAACGGGCAUAGUCGAAGUCCACUUUUCCUUUAAGAAUCUUAAUUUCAAAUUGUUUGACGUGGGCGGUCAAAGAAGCGAACGUAAAAAAUGGAUCCACUGCUUUGAGGAUGUCACAGCGAUUAUAUUUUGCGUUGCGAUGUCCGAAUACGAUCAAGUUCUGCACGAAGAUGAAACGACGAAUCGAAUGCAAGAGAGCUUGAAAUUGUUCGACUCGAUUUGCAAUAACAAAUGGUUCACCGACACCUCGAUCAUCCUUUUCCUGAACAAGAAGGAUCUUUUCGAGGAGAAGAUUCGCAAGUCUCCGCUCACUAUUUGUUUCCCUGAAUAUGCUGGGGCGCAGGAAUACGGUGAGGCCGCCGCGUACAUCCAGGCGCAGUUCGAAGCGAAGAACAAGUCAACCACUAAAGAGAUCUACUGCCACAUGACUUGCGCCACUGAUACAAACAACAUUCAAUUCGUGUUCGACGCAGUCACAGAUGUCAUUAUCGCCAAUAAUCUCCGUGGCUGCGGUCUCUAUUAGGAUAAAUAUUCCCGUCGCGGACUCGAUCGACCGACACACAUUCACACUCACACUCACACAUAUGAACACGACAGACAUGUAUUGCGAGAGCGAGGGAGCGUGUGAGAGUGAGAGACUGAGUGAAAGAGGGGGAGAGAGAGAGUGAAAGAGAAUGAGCGAAAGGGAGAGAGAGCAAGAUAUACACCUAUGUACCACCGCUAGCUACUACUACCGACCACCUGCGGAUACCUUCUCGAUUCUAUUCUUUUUUUUUUUUUUUAAUCAAACACCCUCACGUGCGACCCUUUCGAUUUUUUUCCUCUCAUGGUAAUUGAGUGGAAGCGGAACCUGAAAUUUAUAACAGUGCUGUCCAAGCUGAACUAUGCACUGUAGGCUGUUCCCUCUGGGGACUGAUAAAAGAUUGCAAGGUAAAUAUCAGUGAGUAUGAAUUGAUUUUUGAAUAGUCGUUGAACUAAUAGCAGAUUGUAAGAGAUUUCAGUUGUGGGCAGCAUUGAGAGUGCUUCUUUAUUGGAGAUGAAUUCAAUGUUUCAGGUCAUGUAGAUCCAUGACCUGUUUAAGGGGCGAAUUUAAUCCUAAAAUUGAUUCAUUAUUAAAGAAACAUUCUAUAUUUAAAUGAGGGAUAUUGAUUGAGGAGGAUUUAGUGUUGUUUCCACUUUUCCUGAAUACUGAACUAAUCAGUAGGAUUCAAUUGGUUGUGAUUUAUAGAAUUAACAUACUUAUAAAAGUUUAAUUCUGAUGUUAAUUAAUAGAAUCUGACUGAUCUAUUAUCCAUAAAGACAGAUUCUGAGAAUUAGAAUAUUCAGUGACAAUCAACUUUUAUUUAAACAUUUGAAGUGACUAUUGUUUCAAGUUGUUUCAAGACUGAAGCCAAUGUAUUUUUAAUGUAUUUAUAAUUUAACAAACCGAAAGAAUUGAUAAGCAAGUUUCUUUGAUAAAGCAAGAGACGAAGAACAACAACUUGAUCCUCUGAGAAUCGUGGAUAGAAACUUAAGGAAAAUAUCGAAAGGGGAUUCACAAUGGUUGAUCUAGAUUUUUCAUGAAUUGCACAAAGACCAAUCACACAACACAUUUGGAUCAUCAGGUCCUUCAUCUGGUUUUACUGUAAAUUAAGAAGAAGAGAUUCAAUGAGACAUGAUAAACUCUUCACCCAGGUAGAAAAUUGAACUAAAGUAAUUUUUUUUAUUGAAAUAGGACAUUCUCAAAUAUAAAGGAACUUAAGCAAAAUAAAACAAAGUCAGCACACAUAUCUAGCACAAAUAAAAGGCUGUCUUCAUAGCUGCUACUUUAAUUCAUUCAUAUUUACUGUUUGUCCUUUAAAAUUAAUUUCAAUUAAAAUUAAAAUUUGCACAGAACAUCAAUUACUAAUUUUCUACCUGGGAGCAUCAUACGGACAAUUUACAACAUAAUAUAUAGUUUUCUUUCUUACUUAUAUCGUAACAAUAUCGUUCAACGUUUUAGCUUUAUUUAAUGUACAAUAUGUUUAUUGCUAAUCAUAUCAGUCACGCACAAAGUAUAUUUUUACUUAUUACAUUUAUGUUUUCAACUGGAGAAUUCAUAAAUUCGUCGACGGUUGUUAAGAUAACGUUAAGUUUAUGAUCAGCUCUUUUUAGAUUGGAAGACUGAAGCAGAGACAGUAUAAGAAUCGUAUAAAAAAAAAAUUUCAAAAUUAAUGAGAAGAACAGAACGGUGAAAGCAUAAAAGAUUACCGUGCCUCGAUGCGCCCAAAGGUCUCAUGAAAUUUUCAUUCAACCCGCUUUGGAAACAUUUCUGUUCAAUCAAUUCUGAUGACUGAAAUAUUAAGAAGCUUCGCGAGCUUAAAAGGUUGGAGCAAUUUCAAGCUUCCCGACUGAAGAUAAUUCAGGGUACAAGUAUGUCUGAAAGAAGAUUUCUGAUUAAUUUCUUUUACGUAUAUUAUACAUAUUUCUGAUUCGUGAAAUGCACAUUCGUACACUGUACGCACAUUAUCGCACAGUAAUAGAAAAUAACACACAUGUACAGAAUCUAUAUAAUAACAUAUACUUUGAAAUCUUUAUAUCACGAGGAAAAAAGAAAAGGGAAAAGGUUCCACUGUGAAUACACUAGGAUCCUUGAAUUUCCAAAUUUCAAAUCAUUUAGUUGACCUUAAUAAUUAUGUUUUGGACAUUUCUCUGGAGGAUUUGUUUUUUAUUUACUGAAUCUUUGCUGGCUCUAAAAAGGAACAUCAGUGCAGUUGAACAGCUACGAUUGAAACAUUCCACAAGCAAAUGCAGUUUUCCGUUUGUUCCCCUUAUUUAUAAAUAAUUAACGCACAUCUAAUUUUUCUAUUCAGUUUUUAUAAACAGCUUGCUCUCUGUCAUGGGAUUGCAAUUGUGGUUGAAAAGUGUAUACUUUAACCAUCUUAAUUUUUUUAAGAAACUUUGCCAAAGGUACUUUAUUCAAUUUUUUAACUAACAAACUUUUCUUAAUACUAUAAAUUUUCUAUUUGUGUGUAGUGUGGUUUAUUAAGAUGUGAAGCAUUUAAAGAAUUCUUUUCUUUUUUUAAAUAAUUACAGUUGCAAUUCCACUGCUACUGUAAUGUAAAAAUUAAAUACAGAGAAGAGUGAUCGACCAAAAAGAACCAAAGAAUCGUAGAACAAUAAUUAAAUUGUAAAAAACAAAAAUCUUGAGAAUAACAAUUAAUCCGAAUUAUGAAUAGGAUUUCCUAUAUUGAAAAGGCCAAAAAGAAUUUUUUCGCUACUCUUUUCCUUUUUGUUUUUUUUUUUUUUUUUUUUUCUUUUAAUCGCGAACACUAGACGAAGGGAUUUUAAGUUUCUCCUGUGUUUCUUUUUUAUAUAUGCCGAUUUUGUGAAUUAUUUUUAUAUCGUUAGUUGAAUCUAGGGGAUAAAUGAAAAAAAAAAAAAUAAUAAAAUAGUAUUACCGUCACCGCCGUUGCCAUAUUACUGUAAAAGUUAAUAUAUAUAAAUCUUAGGGGUAUUGAUUAUAAUUAAUUAAGUAUUCCUAUAUGUAGUAGCCGUAAUUAUGUAUAAAUUAAGUACGUAUAUAGAAUUUCUAGUCAAAAUAGAGAAACGUACUAGUUCGUACAAAACAAUACGAUUGGGGAAUCAUUCAUUUUUAUUUAACGAGUAAAUUGAGUCCAACUCAAAUUUUACGAUUAAGCCAAAAAUAGGAAGUUUUGUAUUUAUAAUGUUCAAUCGUAAGUUAAAAUAUAAAGAAUUCCAAAACGUUUAAUUUUUUUUACAAUUAAAAACUAAUUUCGACGAUUUUACCAAGGAAAAAUUCAUGAUUGUAACGAGGCUGAAAACUGUGCAGUAAACUCUCGCUAUAUUGCCCCUUGUAAUACUACCGGUCGAGCUAGUUCCCCUUCGCGCGGAUCCACGCAGGCCGUCGCAGUAUGUCAGUCACUAUACGGAAGGGGCUUUUUAUAUAUUGCCCGCUUCUCAAUUUUUCGCUUCUGCGGCCCCGAAACCGGCAAUAUAGCGAGAGUUCAUUGUAAUUAUAAUGGACUAGGAUAAUGAAUUAAACUGUUACAGCAGUGAUUCCGUUGAAACUUGUUCAUUCUUCGCGGCUCUUUUUCCCCAAUCAGAUUCACCUGAAGUUAAGUUUCCCUAGGGUGUUUCGAAGAAAGGAACGAAAUUUCUAGAGCCAUUUUUUGAAACAAACCCUUUCUUCUUUUUUUAAUUCAUUAAUUUUUAAUUAAUUAUUCUUCAUUUUUAUUUUUCUCAUUUUUUAACUGAACUUCUUUUCUUCAUUUAUCGAACGUGAAAUUCAGGGAUUUGUAAGGAAAGAAUUUUUGCACAAAAGAAAACAUGUGUCUCGCCUUGCGACGUUUAUCAAUGACACUAAAUUAAUUUUGCGACACCGAUAAUACUUCUAAAAUAAGUACGCAUUUUUAUUCUGAUUUUUCGAUUUGCAAUUUUCAAACGAAUUUCAUUUCUGCACUCUAACCCGAUCCUUCUUAACAGUACUUUAAUAGAAAUGUUCAAUUUGCAUUUAAAGAGGGUCCUGAGAGGAUAUGUUGUUAAAUUGCACGUCGAAAAAUUGUAUCGCUCCUUCGAUCAUCGAGAGUUAUUGAUAAAUUAACGAGAAAAUAUUUCCAAAAUAAAAGAGAACGUUGUUAGUAGAAGUGAAAAAAAAGAAAAUAAUAACAAAUUAAUAACAAAACCGAAAUAAUAUUUUUCACGAGGACUAAAGAGUAAAACUCUAAUUACGAGAAAUAUCUAGUACGUAAAGAGAGUGAUGUGUGCAAGAGAAAGAAUGAAAAGGAGAGAUGGCUCAGGAAAAAGAAAGAAACAUGUUUUGAUCGAUGGAGAAAAUAUUUCUAUCGACAGAGAAUAGUGGGUAGGGAAGUAGAUAAGCGAAAUAGAAAAGUGGAAGAAGAAACGCUAGAAAAGAAAACUAAUUGUCAGCUGCGACGUACGCCAAAAUUAAUUGUAAUUUGGUAUUUGAAUUUGGCACCAGAGUUCCUGGGUGGGAGUAGGUGGCCGCGUGGUGGGGGUAGGCGGGACAAAUGCGAGACUAACUAAAAAAAAAACACUAGUGUUAUUAUCGUAAUUGUAACUGAUUAAAUGGUAACGAUCAUAAUCUUAUCGAUAAACACUAAAUGAUAAUAAGACGUGGAUGAAAGAAAAUGAGGGAAACAAAAUGGGGGUUAAGGUUUUGCAAUCAUUGACGUGAUGAUUGUUAAUAAAUGAUACGCCCAACAAAAAAAAAAUAAA